AUGGUGACGGUGACAGGCGUCGGGGCGAGGCCGAGCGCGGCGCGGCCGGAGAGGGGCGGGCCGGGGCGGAGAGGUGAAAGCGGCCCCGGCGGCGGGGAGCGUGCUGCCCGGGGUGCUGAGUGCUACCGGGAGGAGCAGAGCGGCGAGGCCGAGCGCUCCCAUGGGCAGGGACCACCCCGGGUGCUGGGAUCGCUGCCAGCCCCGGGCAGCUCGGGGUGUCCGAGCGGCUGCGAGAGCUGCAUCGCUCCGCGUCUCCCGGCCGCCUGCGGCAGUGAAGCCGGGGCGGUCCGGCGCAUGGCGGGGUGGGCAGGAGUCCCGGUAACCCCGGUGGCGGACGAGCUGGCCAACGCUGCUGCCCGCGGAGACCUGCAGCGCUUGAAGGAGCUGCUGGACGACGCGGCGGACCCCAACACCGUCAAUUCCUAUGGCAGGACCCCCAUCCAGGUGAUGAUGCUGGGCAGCCCACGGGUGGCUGAGCUGCUGCUGCAGUUCGGAGCCGAUCCCAACCGCCCUGACCCAAGCACCGGCUGCUUCCCUAUCCACGACGCGGCCCGCUCAGGCUUCCUGGAGACCGUGGCGGUCCUGCACCGCGCCGGGGCCCGCCUUGACCUGCCCGACGGCCGCGGCCGCCUUCCCCUGGACGUGGCAGUGGGGGGUCCACACGGACCGGUGGGCUGCUACUUGCGGCACCCGCCGUCCCUCCCUGUCCAUCCUCCUCCUCCUGGGCGCGGCCCUUCCCUAAUUUAUUGCCCCCCUGAGGGAGACAUGAAGCCGAAGAGCGCGCAGGCGCUGUGA